AUGCUUCAACCACGAAUAUCCCUCCGCCAGCUACGGCCAACCUGUUCCAGACUCACGUCUCCCCUUCUUUCUCGUCACCAUGCCACCAUCGUCGAGACACCCUCCGCCAAUCCCCCGGAUGCCCCAGUCAACAUCUACAGCCUAAACGUCGCACCCCCACCUAUGCGCGACGCCUCCAUGACCGGCCAGUCCGCCCUCCGUCGCUAUAGGCCUCGAACGCCCGGAAUCCGCCAUCUCGUCCGCCCAGUCAACGACCACCUCCACAAAGGCCGACCAAUCUUCAAACUCACCUUCCCCAAAAAAGGCCAAUCCCGCGGCGGCCGCAACUUCACAGGGCACGUCACCGUUCGCCAUCGCGGUGGAGGCCACAAGCGGCGAAUCCGGAUCGUGGAUUUUGACCGCUUCAAGGGCGGUCAGCACUAUGUAGAGAGGAUCGAGCAUGACCCGGGGAGGAGCGCACAUAUUGCGCUGGUGAGGGAUAAGGAGGCUGGGACGAAGAGCUACAUAAUCGCGGCGGAAGGGCUACGUGCUGGAGAUACGGUGCAGAGUUACCGCUCGGGAAUACCGAAGGAGUUGAUGGACAGUAUGGGCGGGUCAAUUGACCACGGUAUUCUCGCUUCGAAGACUGCAUGGAGGGGGAAUUGUUUACCUUUGGGAAUGAUCCCUGUAGGGACUCCAAUCUUCAAUAUCUCGCUUGCGAAGCAGGGAAGGGGAAUGUACUGUCGGAGCGCCGGGACACAUGGGCUCAUAAUAGGAAAGGGCGAGGAUGCAGUGCAAAAAGAGCUGAUCAAGAAGAUGGAGGCGAAGAGAGCACGCGACAAGGCCAAAGCACAGCAAAAGGCGGAGCAAGAGGAAGCCGAGAAACUCGCUGCCAAAGGAGCCAAGGUGGCAGCAGCAAAAGAAGCAGCCGAAAAGGGCACGGCCGAAGACGCAGAGAAAGCAGAAGAGGAAGUACAAGAGAAAUUCGAGAACAAAGCGGCAGCGGACGCUGAUCUCCAAACCAAAGCCCAAGACAAAACCCAAGGCCUGGAAGAAGUCGACGACGGCGCACUCACCCUCAGCGAUGAAGAUAUCCGCAAGCUCGAAAAAGCAGCCCAAUAUGUGACCGUCCGGCUCUCCAGCGGCGAGGUCAGAUUGAUCGACAAAGAAGCCGCUGCCACAAUCGGAGUCGCCAGCAACGGUAACCACCAGUACCGACAGCUGGGCAAAGCGGGAAGGAGUCGAUGGCUGGGCAUCCGACCCACCGUGCGAGGGUUGGCGAUGAACGCGAAUGAGCAUCCGCAUGGUGGUGGAAGGGGCAAGGGGAAGGGAAACAGGGACCCUGUCAGUCCUUGGGGUAAACCGGCCAAAUCUGGAUACAAGACUAGAGAUAAGCAUAAGUUGGAUAAACUGAUUGUGCAGCAACGACCGAGGAACCAUGGGAAGAGGAGAAGAGGCUACAGUUAG